UCUUAUGGUCCAUGGCUAUCUAGUACCAUUUUUCUUUCCAUCUUCACGUAUUUUAUGGAACGAAUGAAAUCCUAACCGCCACAUUCACAUCUAUAAAUAUCUCAGUUUCUAAAGGUUAGCAAGGCAAAUAAACCCAACACCCCAUUGCAGCAAAUGGCUAACCAUUCCUACCUCCUUGUCUCCCUUCUCCUCUUCUCUUCCCUUUUCAGCCAUUCAAUCGUCUUUGGAGCCAACACGGACGGCUAUCGUGUCCUGACUGUCCAAUCUUUGCCGCUUCCAGCUGAGUCCUGCACAUCCAAAGAAUAUAAAAAGCCAGGGCUGAAAAUAAUCCAUAAGUACGGACCAUGCUCGCCCAUUAGCGGACAAAAAGCCACAACCCUCGAAAUCAUCCAGCGAGAUGAAUCCCGAGUCAACUGGCUCCAAUCCCAACUCACCGACGAUUCCUCCCGAGUCGAUGUUCAGGACAUCACAGUCCCAGCUUAUCUCGGCACCUCCUUCCGCACCACCAACUACAUCGUCACCGUUGGAUUCGGCACUCCCAAGAAGGACAUGACCCUUGAGUUCGACACCGGCAGCGACCUCACUUGGAUCCAAUGCCAGCCAUGCGCCGGUAGCUGCUACCCUCAGCAACAACCAAUCUUUAACCCCUCCGACUCAUCUUCCUAUCUCAACCUCUCCUGCAGCUCUACCCAGUGCUCCCAACUCAGUCUCGUCAUCGGUUGUUCCUCCUCCACCUGCGUCUACUUCACCGCCUAUGGCGAUGGAUCAAAUUCCACAGGUUUCUUCGCAAAAGAUACACUGUCACUCACACAGUCCGAUGUGUUUCCUAGCUUCUUGUUCGGGUGCGGCCAGCAGAACACAGGCCUGUUUGGCAACACUGCUGGGUUGCUUGGACUCGGCCAAGGCGUUCUUUCUUUAGUAUCUCAAACAGCUAGCAAGCUGGGCCGUGUUUUCUCUUACUGUCUGCCACCGACGUCGAGCUCGCCUGGGUACCUGACGCUAGGGCCAGACACCAUCCCCUCAGGAAUUAAAUUCACGCCGCUGCUGAAGAACGUAAACAGGCCGACCUUCUACUUCCUCAAUAUGACUGGAAUGAGUGUUGGAGGGCAAGCACUUCCAAUCCCUGCCUCGACAUUUGCUUCUCCAGGCACCAUCAUUGACUCCGGCACUGUCAUCAGCCGACUGCCCCCAUCAGUCUACGCCACUCUCAGGUCUGCAUUCCGGCAAGCAAUGUCGAAUUACACGGUGGCGGCUCCGGUCUCGAUAUUUGACACAUGCUACGACUUCAGUGGGCAAGGCGAUAUAUCGGUCCCGACUAUAACGUUGAGUUUUGAGGGAGGUGUGGAUGUGCUGGUAGACUUCUCAGGGAUUAUUUUAGCAGCGAGCCAGACGGUGGGCUGCUUGGCGUUUGCUGGGAACGUCAAUGCCGGGAGUUGGACAAUCAUUGGGAAUAGGCAGCAACGGACAUUUGAUGUGAUUUACGACAUUGCAGGAGGGAGGGUGGGGUUUAGCCCUGGAGGUUGCAGCUGAUCCUGAAAAGAGAAAAGGCCAUUACCGCACUGCAGCUAAGCAAAAGAUGAGAAAGAGAAAGGAAGCUAUUUGGGAGUGAAUGUAUAAGACAUAAAGAGAGAAUGGGGGAAUGAAUAGCAGUAUGCACUAGCCUUAAUUGAUCAUGCCUUAAUUCCAAAUAAGGAGGAUUUGUUUUUUUAAUUUCAAGUGUAAUGCAAAAUAAAGGAGUCAUGGUUAUAUUUAAUGAUAUCUCUAAAUUAAGAAUUA